UGCAUUCCUUGAAUCUUCGCAGAAAAGACAAUUCUUUCAUCAGAGUUAGUAAUGUGGACAGUACAAAAUCGAGAGAGUUUGGGGCUUCUUUCUUUUCCCGUGAUGGUUGCCAUGGUUUGUUGUGCACACAGCUCCAAUGAACCCAGCAACAUGUCAUACGUGAAAGAGACGGUGGACCGACUGCUUAAAGGAUAUGACAUUCGCUUGCGGCCGGACUUCGGAGGGCCCCCGGUGGACGUCGGGAUGCGGAUCGAUGUCGCCAGCAUAGACAUGGUCUCGGAAGUGAACAUGGAUUAUACACUCACCAUGUAUUUCCAGCAGUCUUGGAAAGACAAGAGGCUUUCAUAUUCUGGAAUCCCAUUAAAUCUGACCCUCGACAACAGGGUAGCUGACCAACUCUGGGUACCAGACACCUACUUUCUCAAUGACAAGAAAUCAUUUGUGCAUGGGGUCACAGUGAAAAACCGAAUGAUAAGGCUGCAUCCUGAUGGAACUGUCCUCUAUGGACUACGGAUCACAACCACCGCAGCAUGCAUGAUGGAUCUUCGCAGAUAUCCUCUGGAUGAGCAGAACUGCACCCUGGAGAUUGAAAGUUAUGGCUACACCACCGACGACAUCGAGUUUUACUGGAAUGGAGGAGAGGGAGCAGUAACCGGGGUCAAUAAAAUCGAGCUUCCUCAGUUUUCAAUUGUUGACUACAAGAUGGUAUCCAAGAAGGUGGAGUUUACAACAGGGGCAUAUCCACGACUAUCGCUAAGUUUUCGUCUAAAGAGAAACAUCGGUUACUUCAUUUUACAGACCUACAUGCCUUCCACACUGAUUACAAUUCUGUCCUGGGUGUCAUUUUGGAUCAACUAUGAUGCAUCUGCAGCCAGAGUCGCACUAGGAAUUACCACGGUGCUGACAAUGACAACCAUCAGCACUCACCUCAGGGAGACUCUGCCAAAGAUUCCUUAUGUCAAAGCAAUUGAUAUCUACCUGAUGGGCUGUUUUGUGUUUGUGUUCCUGGCUCUGCUGGAAUAUGCCUUUGUAAAUUACAUUUUCUUUGGGAAAGGCCCUCAGAAGAAGGGAGCAAGCAAACAAGACCAGAGUGCCAAUGAAAAGAAUAAACUGGAGAUGAACAAAGUCCAGGUCGACGCCCAUGGCAAUAUUCUCCUCAGCACCCUGGAAAUCAGGAAUGAGACCAGCGGCUCCGAGGUGCUCACGGGUGUGAGUGACCCCAAGGCCACCAUGUACUCGUACGACAGUGCCAGCAUCCAGUACCGCAAGCCGCUGAGCAGCCGCGAGGGCUUCGGGCGCGGGCUGGACAGGCACGGGGUGCCUGGCAAGGGGCGCAUCCGCAGGCGCGCCUCGCAACUCAAAGUGAAGAUCCCUGACUUAACUGAUGUGAACUCCAUAGACAAGUGGUCCCGAAUGUUCUUCCCCAUCACCUUUUCUCUUUUUAAUGUCGUUUAUUGGCUUUACUAUGUACACUAA